AAAACAAACUCGUCGCAGGCACGAUAUCCCGCACCAUAUUUUCUACUUUUCACAUUCACAAAAUCCGUCCGUCCUUGUCUAUGCCGUCAUCGCCGUCUCCCCACGCACCUUGCGAGAAGUGUCAAGCAGGCGGGAUCUUCUGGUUGGCACAGUAUUAGUCCUUUUGGGACGGUGUGGAAAAGAAAAGAAAAUACUUCAAUAUCGUCGGCUGUUCCAACUGUGCCCGACUUUAACCCCUGGUGAUCUUACUUAUAUCCGCAUCCCGAGGCGAUCAACCCUGGUUAUCUAUUUCACCGACCCCUCCGUCUAUCGUCCGGUUCUCAUCCGUCCCACUCUCUCCACCAAAGAACAUCAAGGCAACCACACGUCUGCAAUCCUAAGGAUAUAGGAACGGGAGUGCAGGAGUGACGGUCUCUUAAACUAAGGCCGCCACUCUCCUAAAGAAAAGGAUUAGCAUGGACCCUUCGACAAUGGAUUACAUGAUGCACCCCCAGGAGCAUUCUAAUCCGUCAUCGUCGUCGGCAAGCGUUGAUCACGCAGCUCGCUCUGCAUGCCCGGCCUUACGGGCUGCUGCUGCUGCUGAGCACAACCAACAACAUCCACCACCGAUGUUCCCGUCUCGACCUAAUUACUACUUGGACCCGGUGCACAACAACCCUCACUUUUGGCAAACCUUGCCCCCACCGCAUGCCCGAUGGAACACUGAUCCUCUCUACCAUCCUUCUCCGCCUAUUUUACCAAUGGCUACUGGCCAAAUGAACCAGCCGCCUUAUCAAUCAAACGGGCCCAGCUUAUACAACCCACACGGUAACCCACCUCAAUUCCGUUACCGGGCGCCGAUGGUCAGCCUGCAGCGGAUUGGAGGCACUGCUCCUAUUCAGCAUAGUCAGGGAGGUUUCUCAGGUUCUAAUCAAGGUCAACAACCUCAGGCUGGAAUUGCGGGUGAAACAGGACACAGUGCCUCAGUGCAUGGUUCGAGGACAACCUUACCAUCCCUCACCUCUAUGCCUCCUACAACUGCGGGCCAAAACUUGCAAACAACAUUUCCCCAAACUUCGCACCCCGCUCAGCAGUCAAGCCAGCACAAUCCACAUUUUACUCGGCAUACUAGUAUGCCAUCACCUUUUACGACUUCCGAUGCAAAUGCUCCUUCUGGUGGACAGACUGACUACGGAUCCUCCUCUAACUCAGCCUCAUCUUCGCCUAAUCACCGAGCACCUGGUGGUCCUCAAACCGGCGACAUGUCAAACGAGACAGCAAGCUCCGAGCCGCGCCGCGCCAGUGCGACCCGAAACAGACGGACUAUUCCGCGGCUACCAUCUGAGUCGGGCUGGUCUAGUGACGACGACUCCGAACCUGACGCGGCUACGUUUUCGUUUUUAGAAGCUGCCGUUGGCAAUGCACCCAACUUAGACAACGCAUCCGAUGAUCGUCUGAGAGCACACCAGCUUAUUAGGGGGGCCAUGUCAAGUAAGAGAGUUGCCUCUAAGAAGGCAAUCACUUCACUCGAGAGUGUGACAAUUUCAAAUUUGCCGGAAAAUGAGAGGACCUGCGUGAUAUGCUAUAACGACUAUGGAGCAGAGACUCCCGAAGGCAUCUGUGAAAACCCGUUGCGGCUGCCAAAGUGUAAGCACGUCUUUGGAGAUCAUUGCAUCAAGAAGUGGUUUGAAGAAUCGGACAGCUGCCCCUACUGUAGAGAUAAAGUCCCAUCGGAGCCUCAACAUCGAAACUCGGUGAAUGCGCAUAGCGUCUAUCGAUUCUUACGCCAGCACCACCAGGCGGCGAUGCAGAUGCAGCAAAUGCGGAGCGCCCGAGAGCACGAACGUAGCGAGCCGGAUGCGCCCGGACGACCUGCUGACAAUACGCUGGGCGGUUUAGCAGCUUUGACUUCAAGUCCAUUCUCAGACUUCGAGUAUACUGCAUUAAGUGGUGCUUCAGCUAGAAGACAAGAUAAUCCGCCGAUGUAUAAUUCUCGAACACCAGCUUGGCAUGGCAAUUUCGGGGAUCGUCACUCUCCGCUUCCGUUUGGCGAGGCUGGCGACGGCAGACGUAGAGUGCGUCCUCGCCAUGGAAGCUUGAGAGGAUUCCCCUCUGGACGGCCGCAUUUCUCAUCAAAUGGUGCAGCCGCAGCUCAGUACCCCUGGCUGAGCAGACCGAGUGCGACCCAUUUACACACUCGCCAGCACUCUGCAUCCUCGUCGAACGCUACUGCUCGGCCGACAUUUGAUGCUCAUGUUUCUUCUUUCCAGUUCCCGACACAAAUGGGAGGGGCACCGCCUGAGCCGUACCUGAAUCCGUUAAUUGUCGCAGGUUCUGGCAGCAAUGGGGAGGAUUAUACUACACUACCCCAUAUGCGCUCACAGCAUGCCUCGCCGAUGUCCCCGACAUAUGCAGGUCCGGAAGUCUACAUGACUAACGCUGACGAGCCUAUUUACGGAGGGGCUAUGUCCCACCAGCAGUCAUAGGGACACGCGAUGGGAAACCCGGACAUAAAUUAUCUUCGUGGAUUACAACGUACCUCUUACCGUCACA